UUAGAAAAUCCUGUAACGCUCAACUUGCGUAUUUUGCCAAGCAGCCCAGCGACUAGGGUAGCCGACACGUUUUCGUGAUUCGUUUGCUGCGGCUCUGUUGUGACUUCUCUCCACUCUUAAUUCUUAGGAAGAGAUAUGGGUUAUUCAAAGGAUCAAUUGCUCGCACGUUUGCAGGAGCUUCAAAUUGAUUUUGCCCAAUAUGAUCAUCCUGUUGUUUUGACAGUUGAAGCUCAGGCAAAGUAUGUUGGGCAUGUGAAGGGUGCAUUGAGUAAGAAUUUGUUCUUGAAGGAUAAAAAACAUAGGUUUUAUGUUGUUUCUGCUCUGGCGGAUACUAAAGUAGACCUGAAAGUUCUAUCUCAGAGGCUUGGUUUGGGAAAAGGAGGUUUGAGAAUGGCUCCCGAAGAAGCACUGGGAGAAAUACUUCAGGUGCCACUGGGUUGUGUUACUCCAUUUGCACUGGUGAAUGAAUCAGCUAGGCAUGUUUCGUUGUUGUUAGAUCAGGGAUUUAAAGCUCAGGAGUGCUGCUUCUUCCACCCACUGUCCAAUGAUAUUUCAAUUUCUCUUAAUGCCCACAAUCUUGACAAGUUUCUAAACUCAUUGGGAAAAGACCCGAACUAUGUUGAUCUGGAGGCUAACCCUUCAGUAGGGAAGGAUCAGCCUCCUGAUCUUGCUGCUCUUGUUCCAUCUGAUACAACAGUACUGCCAGAUCCUCCAGAAAAAGUAGCUUCUUUGCAAGGUCCUGAAAAAAGUCACGGUCCUGUGAAUAAUAAGUCCACAGCUGUAACAGGAAAAGCGAAUAAACCAUCUAAAGAUGCAAAAAAGGAGCAAUCAACCUUUGCUGAUCCUGAGAAAUUUGUGGAAGAAUUCCUAGAGAAAACAACAGCCAUUGUUCUUUCUGAGAUCAAAGAGGAGACUGUCAAGCAACAUGGGGAACAGCUUGGUGCAAUGGUAUCAAAUAGUAUCAGGAAACAUCUUUGCUUGGACUUGAAGAACCUAGCUACAUUAUUGAAGAAUACAGCGUACACAGAAGGUUUUCAUGCCGGUGCUCGCCACCAACCCAAGUACUAGAACAAUCAAGGGGAAAAUAUUUACCCCUUUAUAAUGGAGUGAUAUUUCUGCCGUUGAAAAGUAUUCAUUUAUUUAUAAAUAUAUUUGUGUACUUGGCGUGUGCCUUUAUUUCCUGAAUGUAUGAUGAUCGCAAUUGCCACCUUGAGUUCUCAGGAUGUGUAUGAAGGUUGAAUCAGACUAGCGGGUGGCAUAAGAAUUCUGGGCAAUGUGUUGAUCAUCUUUUUGAUCAUCAAGAUGUUUGUGUCUGACCCAAAACAUAGUAUUAAACUUCAUUGAACUGCUGUCAAUGAAGAUACUUUCCAAUGAUAUUUAACUCCUAGUGCCUAAA